AGGCGGAAUCGACGCCAAUUGGAGUUCGAAUAUCCGACACCAUAUUUCUCCAGCAGAGGCUGUCCUCCCAGCACUUCGAGUGGUGCCCGGUGGUCGCGCGAAGAGGAGAUAUUCAUGAAGACUCAAAGGACGGCCGGUCUUUCAUGGUACAAUGUUGCGGUGGCGGUGAAUGACAGAUUUCACACUGGCCGCUCGGUCAGUGCCUGUUCAUCCAAGUGGUACGCAUGCCGCUAAGAACUGUAAAUUAGACUCGUGUGCGUAUCGGAUUAACACUGUGAGCUGGCUCAGCGUGUUGAUGCUGUAUUGGAUGAUUCGGAGAAGAUGGCUUGGAGUAUGGGGGGUUUCUCACAUUUAGUUAGCGUUCAUCGCUGUUUCUCGCGCUCAUGUAUUUACUGGAAUUGUACGUACAUAUGUUCAUCGAAGCACGUGUCAUACAAUCGGCACUCUACACUCUUGUCUCUACCCGACCUUUCGCAGAACAGACUACAUGGAGGCAGCAGCGUUUUGCCGUUCGCCGGUGGAACCCAACUUUCAUCAUUCUUACAUCAACCGAUGCACGUGAUCUUCGUCAUGGCCGCAUAACUACGGCCUGCAAUCACGAUUACCUCACUGAUUGUUUGGCA